GCGUUGUUUACACCCACCAUCUCCUCCGCAUCCGACGUCGACGAUGGCGUCCGACGGCCUGCUCCUAUGGGCGAACUCAAUCCGGAUGACGAUGGCGAGCGACAAAGCGCGCUUCGAAUUUUCGGAGCACAUGCAAUCUCGUGGCUUUUCAUGGCUGGAUCAAUAUCUAGAGGACGUGGUUGAGAAAGCGCGUGAAGGCGACGAUGAGCUUUUCGAUCUUAUGAAGACGCCUGGCCGUAAGAAGGCGGUCCGCAAGGGUCCUGCCACGGGUUCUCGCCUGAAGAACAUUGUACCCAUAUCUGAGCAGGACGAAGACAUGGAGAGCAAGGAGAACGUGGCUCCGGUGCAAAACACGUUCUAUCAAGCACUGCUAGCAGCCAAAUCGCCGGAACCCACGAAGGCCCUUCCUAGUCCUCGCGCGCCAGACUCAAGUCCUCUACCCGAGCAGACUGUGCGCCGUAUCUCCUCCCACCCCCGCGAUGUCUCUCCGCCGCUACCAACACCAACUCUCGAUUACCAGGACAACCUCGGCUUCCCGCAAUUCCCACAUAUGGAUCCGGUGGCUCUUUCGAUGAUAGUGGAAGACGAUGAAGGCUCGGGCCGUGGCUCAUCACAUACAAGCUAUGCUGCAGAGCGGGCUCCGCUGCAGGCCGCCGUGUCCAAUCGUCUUGAGGGUCAAGCGAUCAAGGAGCAACCGGAGGAUAUGGAAGUCGCUUCGCCGAGAGGGCCAUCCUUCGCGAGCACAACAGACACAUUCCACUCUGUCCCCAUGAGCCCCGACCAUACUCGCCAUUCCACCGAACGACCUCAAGAGGACUCCAAGGCUGCCCCUUCGGCGUCCACGCCAGAGCACACAUCACCAUUGUAUCCCGCCCUGCCUAUCGAGGAGUCUGCACCGGAGGACUCCAAGCGGAAAUCGGGCGCUCCGUCGCAGGAUGCCACCACUUCCCAGGCCGAAGACGCGGUCGACACCGUCAUGUCGGAGGCCAAUCCCUCGGCGGAAAAGGGCCAGUACACCGACGACGUAGUCCCUUUGCGCGACGAUGACGGUACGAGCGGUGCCAGGCCACCAAGCCCUCUCCGCAAGUCUCUCCGCGCGGUCCGCGAGCAGAGCUCCGGCGCCAUCCUCGUCGGCGCCGCCACGCCUGGCCCAUCUGUCGGAGCCUCGCGCACGUCGUGGUUGAUGAAGACGCGCGCUGUCAACCGGAAGGUCAGUGGUAUGGGCGGGCCUGCGCACGUCCCGCGGACGACUAUGGGAGGCACGAAGCGCAAGAGCGAGGACACGAUGCAUAUUCCGGGCCUGUAUUCAGAAGACGACACGCGGCAUGCGAAGACAAUGAAGUUUGACACGGACGUUGCGCCUGGAAAGCCAAUAGAACGUGCUGAGUCGAUGAAGCCUAUGGAGCGCGCAGAGUCCUUGAAGCCGAUGGAGCGGGCUGAAUCCGCGAAACCUAUGGAGCGCGCCGAAACCGCGCCGCCAACCUCCAGGCCUGCCAGUGCUGCAGCGGACGAGGGCAUAUUGGACCGCUUGCGCAAGACGAUGCAGGGCAUGAAGCCUGUGGGGCCUCUGGUUGCCAACGAGGCGCUGGCCGAUGCGAAGGCCUCAGCGGAGGCGAAGGUGGCCGAACGGCACCAGGCAGAUGCCAGUGUUGUAUCGAUGUCUUUCGCAGACGGUCCUUCUUCCCUCCCGGAGGCUAUCCUAUCAGCUCCCACGAAGGAGGCUCCCGCCCCAGUGAACCCGGAGGCGUCCCGCCGUAUGAGCGUCUCGGAGCUCAUGCCCUCCAACGACAAGGCCGACAAGGCUUCCGUUUUCAAGUUUGCGCCACCGCCUCCGCCUACUACGCAGCAUACGGCUCGCGUGAGCACCACCCCAGCCAACUCACCGCCUCCCGCCAGCCACCCAGCGCCCGUCUUCUCUAAGCCGCGCGUCUUCGUGCCGCCGCCGGACAAGAAGCCGUCCACGCAGGACUUCCACUUCCAGCCCGCCGCCGUGCGCAACGUGCCCACCGCCAUCUCCAACGUCGGCCUCUCCCCCCGACUCCAAUCGCCCUCGUCGCACAAAGCGAACGCCCUGUCCGCGCAAUCCACCGUCGAGUCCAUCGCCUCCAACAAGAUCUUCGACACCGACAAGGUCUUCGACACCGACGUCGAGAUCCCGGGCUCGUGGGAGCCGACGACGCAGGACACGGAGUACUCGUUCCCGGUGAACACGGACGGCGCGGACAUCGUGGACGACGACGACUGGAGCGACGACGGGGCCCCGGUGCCGCCGGUGUUCCCGGGGACGGAUCCGAGCAAUGCGAAUACGACGGAUAUCUACCAGACGACGUCGACGAUGACGACGGCGAGCUAUAAGAUGGGGGUGAGCGUGGGCCCUACCAUGGCCAUGGGCACGGGCGUCCCAGUGGAGGAACCUGUGAUGAAGGAGAAGGAGGCGCCGGAGGAGGAUAAGGAGGUGGAUUUGGCGGAGGCGGACCAGUACUUUAUGGAUGUGGAUGAGCGGAAGGAGGCUCAGCCGACGAAUGCGAAGGCUACUACGCCGACUGAGGACGAGCGGCCUGCGAGCCAGCUCUCGGACGCCUCGUCCGUGCAGCCGACGACCCUGUUCGGCCAUGCGCAUAAGUUCGUGUCCAGCAUGUUGGGCAGCGGGAAGAAGGCAAAGGCUACCACGAAGCCUGAGGUCAAGAGCCUCCAGCUGGCGGCCGCCGCUGCGAAGAAGCAACAGGACGAGCAGGAGAAGAAGGAGAAACGGCUGAAGGAGAUGGAGAACAGGCGCCUGCUUGCUGCGCAGCGGAAAGCUGAUGAGGAGAAGGCGCGGAAGGAGGAGCAGGAGCGCAAGGCGGCUGAGGACCGCGAGCGUCGUAAGCGGGAGCGCGAGGAGACCACUGGGAAGCUGCCUGUGCCGGUGGCGAGGUCGAAGGAGGAGGACACGACGAAAAAGCGGAAGAUCGAGCUCCAGAAGCAGCCUUCGAAGACCGCCCUCAAGCCUCCGAGCUCGACCACCAAGACGUUGGUGAAGUCCAACUCGAAGCUCGCGCUCGCCUCCUCGUCGACGACACCCGCGCACAAAGCCGGCGAGAUGUCGAAAGCCCCUCCUUCGUCGAAAUGCAAGGGCAAGGCGCCCGCCAAGAUGGACGACGACGGCCGCGAGCCCGCCCAAGUCGUUCAAAGCUCCAUGGCCGCGCGCGCCAAAGCCCAGAUGCAGGCCGCCCAAGCCGCCGCCGAACCGCCCAACCCAGGCCCCACCGACAACAUCGAGCUCCCGGACAUCAACAGCGAGUACUCGGACAGCGACGACGAGGACCGCGGGCGGGACGUCGCCGACUGGGCGCAGUCGCCGGACCUCGCGCGCAUGCUGCGCGUGCAGAGCACGAUUAACCCGGACGAUAUCUUUGGGGAGAUCCGGCCGUUGCGGAUGGAAGAGAUGUUCAAGACGCGGCAGAGCCGGUUUAGGGCAAGGACGAGCUCGGCGAAUUGGACGGGGACGGAUCGGUUGACGGUGGAGGAGGAGAGGGAGUAUGCGAGGAGGAUGGGGUAUCGGUAGGGCGUUGGAGAGGGUUUGGACGUUCAUCUCGUGUUUUCGUAUCUUGCAUGUGUUGGCCGAAGGCUUCAUAUUAGACUGCAUACAGCUUUGGCCCCGUUAUGCAUUAUGAAUGAGUUUUGCGAGUGCGAGGGCAUUGUUUGCAGAGCUGUUUCGUGCAUUUACUGGUCCGACCAUCCGUUCCCUUGC